AAUUGUAUCCACUUACUCUAUGCAUACACAAAAGAUAAAAAUUUCUGGGUCAUUUAAAUUUUUUUUUUAAAGGGUGGUAGUGCUUCCCGCGGCGGCCGAGCACGCUACCCCCCGACUGCGCCUCUUACUUUGCUCCGUUGCUUUUCCAUUCCCGCAGCUGCCGUGUGCUGUGCGUAAGUGCAUCUAGCUCACAGCCCACCUCAGGUCCUCAGCUGCUCCUGCUCAGCCUCAGCACCUCCGGUCCCUCCAACUCCUGUCCGUCGUUCGGUGACUCCGGCGGGCAGCUAUUCCAGCUCCAAGCCUUCGUCUCCGACUCCGAGCCUGAAUCAAACCAGGUGUUUGCAGAAUGUCCGGAGAAGAGGAAGAAAAUGCUGCUGAGCUGAAGAUUGGAGAUGAGUUUCUGAAGGCUAAAUGUUUAAUGAAUUGUGAAGUAGCUGUAAUUCUUGAUCAUAAGUAUGAGCAGCUUCAGCAGAUGUCUGAAGAUCCCAUGAAUCAAGUUUCUCAAGUGUUUGAAAAGUCGCUGCAGUAUGUGAAGCGCUUUAGCCGAUAUAAAAAUCCUGAUGCCGUGAGACAAGUCCGAGAAAUCCUUAGUAGAUACCAGUUAGCCGAAUUUGAGCUUUGUGUUCUUGGCAACCUCUGCCCUGAAACAGUGGAGGAAGCUAUUGCUAUGGUCCCAUCAAUUAAGAGCAAGGGACGAGCGCUUGAUGAUGAAGCAAUUGACAAAAUGUUGAAUGAUCUGUCCCUGAUUAAGAAAUUUGAGUAGAUAACUUUCCUGUCUUCUGCCUCUGGCUCUUGGUAUGUUAGUGCCCAAGACAAUUCUUGUGGCCUUGAUGGCAGUACUGGGAGCCUAUUUUCCAGCCUUGGGGUUUGGAAUCUUACGACUCUUGUGUGGUCUAUGCUGGACAAUUUUCAUCUAGAGUAUUAAUACUGCUACUGGUGUUUAAACUAAACCAUUUUAUUUAUUGCAGCUCCUAUAGAAAAUGUUUGUACAGAUUGAAACA